CUCUUGCUCCGUCACCAGCUGAUAUCAAAGAAUCAACAGAAGGACGCAGCGAGUUCCUUCAUGUCCUCGUCCACAGUGAGCUGCAGUCAUGUUGCUGACCACUCUGCUCGUCCUGUUGAGCUCUCAGUGCGUCUGGACCAGAAAGUCUGAACCUGUCCUGGAUGAGGCGGAUGCAGGUUUCUUCAGGGGGUCGGACAGGUAUGACUUCGCUGUGGAGGUGCCUGCCGCAGGGAUGGAGUGUUUCUGGCACUUUGCCCAUCAGAGUGGAAGCUUCUACCUGACGUACAUGGUACAGUGGGUAACGGGGAUGGCGAACAAUCAUCGGUUGUUUGUGACAGUCCACUCACCGCAGGGCGCUCUCAUGGCUUCAAAGAACGAUGCCGUCGGUCAGAUGAACUUCCAAACUGAGGUGACAGGUUUUUACCGGAUGUGUCUUGGGAACCGUAACAACCAGUUCGGAGGCAUCAGGGUCUUUGUGAACUUUGGUGUCAUCUACGAAGGUUUCGAGGAGUCAAAGACCGAGAUGGAGGAGGAAGUGAAAGUCCUCAACAACACGUUGGCUGGUAUCGAGGGCAGUGUGCAGAAGCUCCAGAAUCAGAUCUUCCACAUGUGGCGUCAUUACAACUUUGCCCGCAUGAGGAAAGGGAAGGAUCACUACCUCCUCCAGUCCAACUUCAACUACGUCACCUGGUGGUCAGCCACCCAAAGCCUCGUCAUCGUCCUGGCGGGAUACAUGCAGCUCCACGUCCUCAAAAGACUCUUCCACACGGACUCCAGCAGGCCGCGAUGCUGACAGAAGAACUUCCACACCACUUCCAGGAGGCUGCUUUCACCAGCUGCCAUGACCUCUACUGUCUCACAUCAGAGUUUCACAUUGGAAAAGAUAAAAGAUAGUGCGCACUUUCUGAAGCUAGAGAAUACAAACAACUUUCCGAAAGACAUUUGUUUCCUAAAUGUUCUUUUGUGGCCUUAAAUUUGUUCAUGUAGCCACCAAGACGUCUCACAACUUAUUGUCUCCAGUUCUAGGUCAUAUCUCUCAGAUACGUCAGACGGCUCUUUUACAAAAUGUCUUAUGAUGCCACUCAUGAAAUAAAAUGCUCUACAUUUAUCUGUUGAUAUCCAAAAUUUGGCUGUCAAAAACAGCUGCAGAGCAUCGACUGAUCUCAGAAAUACAUGGUAUGACUUCUUAACAUCAGGGCUCAUUUAUACUUCCUUCACUUACAAAAAUAGAUGUGUCCAUCUCAAACGUUGUGAACAUCACUGCCCUCAUACUUCAUGCGUCCUUUAAGAUGGCAUCGAUACAGCCAACAGAUGGCACUACAGGACAGAGUCAAAAGCAUCACACAACAACAAACAAGGUGAUGGUGGAGGAGGUCGUAAUAACAAAUCUGUUGAUGGAGGCAGCGUUGUAGACAGCAGUGAUUUGGCCAUUAAAUACACCGUGACAUGUAAAUACAGAAUUACUUUGCUUUUGUUACCGAUUCGUUCAGUUAUGCCAUUUUUAAAACAUCUUUGUCGUCUCCUUCAG